CUCUCUUCGUUGACUACCUCACAACAAAGAAACACACACACCUACUCUACUCACCUGCUUACUUGCUUCUCUUUCAUCGACCACAUUGUCAUUAUUGUCGUCGCCGUUGCCCGUAUCUACCCCAUUGUUUGUCGUAAGCGGCGCCCCGUCUUGCUCGCUUGGGGCCACCCACACCCACUCAAUCCCCCGUUUUGCACGACCAGACCAGACCCAGCCUGACUUGACUGCAUCAUCCCUGCGCCCCUCGCGAACCAAAAACGUCAAAGAGCUGCGGGCAAUCGACCCCUCACCCACUCCACCGUCGUUCCUCGAUGUCUCUUCCCCCCAACUACUCCAAUGAAAUCUCCGCCCUCAACCGCGAAAUCCUAAAACAUCAACCUUCUGACAUCCUUCAGUUCUGUGCCAACUUCUUCUUGCGCCGCCUCGAGUCACAGCGUGCCGAAUUCCUUCUCUCACAACAGCAUUCCUCCCAAAAAGGCCGCGGCAUGGCCGAGAGCAGCUUUCCGGGCAACAACCCCUUCGGCACCACCUCCAACACGGGAGGUGGGUUUGCGAACCAUCAGGGUAACAUGCAUAGUCUUCAAGAAGAGGAAGAGGGCGAGGUCGCGUCCCCCGCCACCUCUACGUACGCUCAAUCUGACUUGCCACAGGCACAAAGCAACAACACCGGCAACAGCACAUUUGGCAACUUCGCAGGCUUCGGUGCUUCUGUUGCUCAGGGCUCUCGCUCGCAACCCCCUCCUGCCAUGAGCGCAAUCGAUCCCCAAAGCUUCCCGAACAACUACAACCUGAACAGACGCACCUCCGUCUCCGCAGAGUCCCUCAACCCCGCCUCGUCGGCCAAUGACAACUGGUCGCCACCAUUCCACCAGAAGUCCGAGGACCAGCAGGCCCGCCUGAAGGUUGCGGUCUCUGGCAACUUCCUCUUCUCCCACCUAGAUGACGAGCAGUCUACCCAAGUCCUGGGUGCGCUACAGGAGAAACCCAUACCAACAAAAGGAAUCAAGGUCAUUCAACAGGGUGACGUCGGUGACUACUUCUACGUCGUGGAGUCGGGCUCUUUUGACUACUAUGUGAACCCAUCCGGAAAGCUCGAACCCGGUCCAGAUGGUCUCGGGAACAAGGUCGGCAGCGUCGGAACAGGUGGUUCCUUUGGCGAGCUUGCCCUCAUGUACAAUGCUCCCCGAGCCGCUACGGUCAUAUCCAGCGAGCCAUCCACUCUCUGGGCUCUGGACCGUGUCACCUUCCGUCGGAUCCUCAUGGAUAGCGCAUUCCAACGGCGUCGUAUGUACGAAGGCUUCCUCGAGGAGGUCCCCCUGCUGGCUUCCCUGACUCCUUACGAGCGCUCCAAGAUCGCGGAUGCUCUCGAGACCAAGAAAUACCCAGCUGGCACCACAAUCAUCAAAGAGGGCGACGUCGGCGAGUCCUUCUACAUCCUGGAGUCUGGCGAGGCCGAUGUUUAUAAGAGGGAAAGUGAGGAGUCUUUGAAACGAUAUAAAAAGGGCGACUACUUCGGAGAAUUGGCUCUUCUGAACGAUGCCCCUCGUGCGGCCUCCGUCAUCAGUUCUACUGAAGUUAAGGUUGCAACUCUGGGCAAGAACGGCUUCCAGCGGUUACUUGGCCCCGUCGAGGGCAUCAUGCGUCGCGAUGACCCGAGCAAGACCCAUGACGGAGACAGUGUCGACCCCUUGGCCAGGGCGUCAUAAAUCAACGUUUUGCUUUAGCUACAUACCAAACGAAACGAAUUAGAACGAUUGCUUCACAGUUGCUAGACCUGGAUGCAGACGGGACGGGGCGAUGGGUUUUCCGUGGCAGAUGGAAAGAAGGACGGCGGAUGGCUCUGAGUGGUUUUAGUCUGCUACAUCGGUGAAUGAGUUGCCUGGCCCCUGCAAGGUUUGCCUCUUGCUCACAUUUGUUUGGGGCGUUUUUCGCAUGUAUUCGUACCCUUCCCUACUUUCACUAAGCAUCGCUCGAGACGAGACACGAUAUUAACGAGCGGAUGAGCCUAGGACGGGGGUUCAGUGGAAACUUUUGAAAUUACUUAUACUCCAAAUUUGCAACACUUCAAGAGAUACUCCUUGUGGCCUGUCGUGCUAUUGCGUAGACGUCACCCACAAUGUCUGAUCACGUGUCAUGUUAUCCUUGCUCAAGUCCAUCCUGAUCGCGCCUGCUGCAGUUCCUGAAU